CUGCGGCUGUGCCUGGGGGGCUGGGGGUCGCUGGUGAACCCCACCGGGGUGGCGGUCUGCCCCUGGUCGGGCCGCCUGGCAGUGGCACACGACGGCAAGAAGAGAAUCCACGUCUUCGGGCCGAGCGGGGUCUGCCUGCGGCGGUUCGGGGAGCGGGGGGACGCGGGCAAUGACAUCAAGUAUCCGCUCGAUGUGACGGUCACGUCGGACGGGCACGUGGUGGUCACGGACGGCGGGGACUGCUCCGUGAAGGCCUUCGAUUUUGAGGGAAGAGGGGUUCUGGCUGUCCGGGAAGGCUUCUGUUUGCCCUGGGGCUUGGAUGCCACCCCCAUGAACGAAGUAAUCGUGACCGACUCGGAGGCAGGCGCGCUCUACCGCUUGGCGGCCGACUUCCAAAGCGGGGAAUUAAAGAAGUGUCAGAUGAUCCGGUCCCGGCUUGUCAGCCCCAGAGGGGUUGCAGUCUGCCAGACCUCGGGCGCUGUCGUGGUAAUAGAGCACCUGAAAGCUCGAGGACCGAGCAAGGGCAGCACCCGCGUGAAGAUAUUCAGCGCGCAGAUGGAUCUCAUCGGCCAGAUGGACAGCUUCGGUCUGAACCUCGUUUUCCCCUCCAGAAUAUACGCUACUGCUGUGGCCUUUGACAAAGAAGGUCGUGUUAUAGUAACGGAUGUUUGUAGCCAGGCUGUCAUAUGCUUAGGGAAACCUGAGGAAUUUCCCGUCUUUAAUCCUCUAAUUAGCCACGGGCUUUCUUACCCUGUCGGACUGGCUUACACGGCAAACAAUUCCCUCGUCGUUUUAGACAGCGGUGAUCAUUCAAUAAAAGUAUAUAGCUCUAUCUGAGUGGGCUUAGAUGCUUAGUGCUGCAGGCUCAAGCUACUUAAUUCUGGCCAUAAAGCAUGCAGAGUUCUGGAGUUUGUAGGAGAGGAGGGAGGAGGCGGUUUUGGGGCUUUGAGAGAAAUCACCCUCUGACCAGCACGCCAUGCUUCCUGCAAAACUUGCAUCACGUCUCUUGCCUACCUGUGGGAGAGGACCAGGCUGUUGCUGCCUGUAGCCAACAACAAAUCAACCAAACAAACCAUUUGGCAUUUUAAAACUAUUCCAUGCCUUGACAACCAAGUGGUUUUGGUUCUUUUUGACAAGUAAUCAAAGACCAGCACCUGUGAAAGGAACAUGUCAUUUAUUUAUAUUUCCAAGCACAUAAUUUUCACUAUUCUUAAUUAAGUAUAGAUACACUCCUGACAGAACUGUUACCGGGAAUUGUGCACGAGAAAGGAGAUUGCCUUGAUGGAAUGACAGGAGAAUUGGAAGUCUCUCAAGGUUGCAUAAAUCCAACUAAAAUCAUUGUGAUGGAGGAGCUACCACUGAUGAGUGAGUUAUGAGAAGUGAAAUCCUGGUCAAAGUCUAUAUUUUCUGUACUAGGAAAAUGCAUUUCUGGGGGCACUCUGAUAGUUUAUUCCCACCUUUAUUAAGGUUGUACUGGAGCACUUUGUCUUCUUCUAAAAUGCCCAAGUUUUUACCUAGAUGAUAAUGUCUUUGAUAGUGUCUUUACCUGGAGAUAAUCUUGUGUGUGGUUACACAGCGUGGGCUGCUUUGCCUAAAAGCCUCUUGAAGUAUUCACGUUUAGACCACAAAUACUCCUGCAUAUGUAAGUUUCAGUUGGCUGUGCUGCUAACACAGCUACACGUAGGAGGUUUUCAGCACUGUCUGCCCCUGUUUUGUCAUUAAUAUGGUGCUUUUGCACUCCAAACUCCAGGAUUCAACUGCAAAUUGAAGUGCUAGUGAGAAGUAAGCCUCAUUUUUUUUCCUAGCUUCCAAACGAGGUGUUGUUGAUUGUGAACACACAGAAGAUUUAGAUCUGUUUACGUUCUCUUGUUUUACUCACAGUAAUAUUAUAUUCUCACAGUUUUACUGUGGACACAAAUCCUUUUGCCUUACUGCAUAGUGGAAAUUAUGGUAUAUAUGACUAUGAGAAAGAUUUAAUACCCCCACUAGAAGUCACUGCUGCAUUUUUUGGCAUUUACUUGCUGCUAAAAUGGUUCAGCAUUAAAAUGAAGUUAGAUGUAAAUGCUGUCUGAGGCAGAGAUGAGUAGGUUAAAAUGGCAUAAAACUUUUGUGGUAAUUUUUUUUUUUUAGCAAUUGAAAUCAUUAAUAUUAACUAAUGUAAUUUGAAAUUCACAGGCAAUGUAUCAGUAAAUUUUUAUCUGGCUUUUGGUCUGACUUCAGGGCAUCUAAUAACUGCAUGUGUUACAGCUCCAGUGAUUUACCAAAUACUUGCAUUAAAUUGGAGCAGUUUAGCCCUCUAAUUCAGCCAAUGUGUUAAUCUGUCUCAUAUCAACAUUUAUAUAUACAAAACAAAUCCAUUAAUUGCAGCUAUUUGUAAAGGUUAAUUGAACAGUGACCUGUCAAUAAAGUGUGAUUUGCUUACUCCUAUAUUUUAAUAAUUUAGUGAUAAUUCCUCAUAUCUUUUCAUCAUGUUUCCUUGUUACAAGACCAUUUCUGUAUUGCAGUUGCCCUGCAGAUGGUUUCUUCUUCUGUUUGGUGAUAUCCUGCAGAAGUUGUUGUAGUGCCAUCUUUUGCUAUUGAAAAUUAUAUGGAUGUGCACAGUUUAUAUUUUUCAGCCUUCUCUGCUGCCUGGCCAUACAGCAAUUGCCUUUGGAAGAACCAGAAAUCCUCCUUGGCUGUUCCACAGUAUGAGCUGUAUGGCCCUAAGCAGGAGCCCAGUUGGGAGGUCAGGAAGGAAAUUUACUCAGAGAAGCAGACUCCUGGAUUUUAUCUUCCUUUCUAGAUGCCAAGGAGCCACCUGCCUUUGAUAGAACCAAUUAGAUAACACUUCCUUUGGGGGACUGCUGUGUGUCAAAAUGCAUGCAAUACCAUCAAUGCUGUAUUCAUUCAUAAUUAAUACUUUGUCACAGUAACACUUCCUCUGAACCAUGGGCUGUGAGCUUUCAUCUUCUCAAACCUUUGUGUGCACCAGGGCUUGUUUUUGCUACUACAUUCAUGGAUGGGCAAAUUUCCUAGGACCUACUGCCAUGUAGGCAACUUUCCAGCAGUUGAAAUGCUGAUUUUUAAACAUUUAACUCAUACUGGUUUAAAAUCUAUGAAAACUCUCAUUGUUGCCCAUUCUGUUCCUGUCUCCUUUGGACUAGAAAUCACUUGAUUUUUGGAUUUGUAAGCAAAAUAAACUUUGGGGCUUUAUUCUA